UUCCUUGAAUGGCACCUACCUUACCUUAUCUUAUAUAGCUAGCAGUUGAACGAUGAUUCUCAGAUUUAUUUAGGUUCUUGCAUGUUGUUGCAUCUGGCAAGCAGCUUACCCAGCUAUGUCCAGCUAAAGUUUCACUCAAUGCAAAAUGACGACCUAUAUCCCCUCCCUCACGAUUCCCGAGGCAGUCUUCAACAACCUGCCGGCGUCCGUACUGCUGCCCAUUGCCCUGGGCACAGCAGUGGGCUUCAGCACAAGACCCGCCACAAACCACCGCGAGUCCCUCACACUGAACCAGCCCCCGUUGCGCCCGCCCGCCGGCGUUUUCCCGCCAGUUUGGACCGCCUUGUACGGAAUCAUAGGCUACGCCGCGCACCGUGCAGUUAAUAUCGGGACCUCGCCCCUGAACUCCACCGCAACAAUUCUGGCCGCACGAGAGGGCGCCACGCUGUACACGAUCCAGCUGGGCCUGAACCUGGCCUGGAUGCCGCUCUUCUACGGACUCAACCGGCCCAUCCUGGCCACCUUUGACGCUGCCGCCCUCUUCGGCAUCAACUCGUACCUGGCCUGGCUGUGGGGCACCAAGGUCGAUUCUGUUGCUGGAUGGCUGCUGGCGCCGUACGUUGCCUGGCUCGGGUUCGCGACGUACCUGUCGUUUGGGACGGGCUAUCUGAAUGACUGGGACCUGAGUCCCAUGCUUGGUGAUGGUGGUCGGGGUGAGGGGAAGAAGACGAAAUAGAAGAAGGAAUGGAGGGGAUGAAGAGAAAGAGGAAGGAAGGGAAUAAAAGAAAGAGAGAGGGGUGAGGGAAUGGUUUAAGAAAGCGAGAAAAGCGAACGGCUGGUAAAAGGGGAGAGUGAUGUGUAAAAGCCUGUCAUAUUUUCACCCUGUAGAUAACGCGCCAG